AUGACAUCCUUAAUCUUUGGCUCUAUUUGGCUGGGCCACAAGGGCAUCGUGCAGCACCGGCGAGAAAAGCAGCGGCAGAAAAACUAUGAACGAUGGGAAGGCCUCCGUGACGAGUAUGAUGAGCAGCGAAAGAUAAGCAGGGAAUCAAGAUCUCUCGAUAUACAACGCACAGGGUCAGUGGUGGAUUACGACAAACCCAUCUUGACUCUGCGCGACCAACAAGAAGCAAACGACGCUCGGACGAGCUGGCGCCCCCAAGAAGCAUGGGAUGAUAUUCCGGAGAGGCGAACCAGCGUUGAAGUGACGUCUGGCACAGGCCUGAGACCGCUACCAUCUCAUAAAACGGGGAGCACUUGGGAUGAAGGGCUGCCGCAACCCUUAAGAGUGAGCCGGCGCAACUGGGACGACUAUGCGCCGCCGGUAAGCAGGAGCAGCAGUCUCAGAAACCCUAGCGGAUCACAAUCCCCCCGAGAAAGCAACACGAGCAACUCGUCGAUAAACAAGCUGUCCCCUCGGUUGGAUGUACCUACUCCUGCUAGCACGACUACUUCUCAUCCCCAUGCUUCUAGAUCCACUAGCAUGCCUGUGGAUGUGCUGCAACACCAACAUAUCGAACCGAUUGAGCAUUCAACCCCUGGUGGGCGCAUGGCAGAGUUGAUUGAAAUGAGCCAUCCGCCCCAACCAGUUCCCCAACCAGCACCUUUCACGAACCCAGCGCCGCAACCAUAUGCAGGCUAUCAGACUCAACCUUAUCUAUCACCGGCUCUGCCAACCGCUCUGCCACCCGCUCUGCCUCCCGCUCUACCAGCCGCCCUGCCACCUGCCCUGCCAACGGCGCCUGUCGCUCGACCCGUCGAUGGAAGUAUGCAUGAAUGGUGGACCAGGCCUUGA